UUUUGUUUUUACGGCAAAUUAACUACCUUAUCGUCCACAUGACUUCGUCAUAAUUUCAGAAGUUGUUUGCCAAAACCUUAUUGUAACAUCGCCACUGCGAGCCCAGGAUGUCUGCGUCCAUGAGAGCCAAUUCAGCACCAAGUUCAUCGAGGCCGGAGCGAGCACUGGACACCAGAGUGGCAGAACUGAAUUGUCAAGUCCCAGCAGAGAGCAGAAAGAAACAACUUCCUCCUGUCAACAACCACAUCAUCCCAGAUGAACUAUUGGUCAGCCUUACCUCCACUGUCUGCAACAGGAGCACACUCGGGCACACUGCACACCAUCGGCACUGCAAGAGCUGUGGAAUCAGACGGCCGGAUGCUGUUUGGCAUCACCCUCUUGGACGAAAGAAAUACAAAUUCUUUCUGGAGCAGCCAACGUCCUUGACUGGAGCUGGCAGGGACAUUUCGUUCCUGUGUGAUGCUAUGGAGACCCAGAGGAGGACUACACCCCUCCCACCACUGACUGACAGAAGUGGCACUGGAGAUACACAGAACUUAAGUGUCUCAGAAAGUCUGAUCCCAGAAGAAUAUCACAUUGUCAAACACAAAGGGCUACGGAGCCUCGAGUUCUUUGAGGAUGCAUUCACAGUGCAGCUGCAGGAUGAUGAGCAGAAGUUACGGGUCUUCCCUUCACUGCGGCCCAGUGGCAGACAGGAAGUGCUCCAGCUGAUGAGGAUAAUGGACGACAUGCUGGAGAAGGCUGGAGUGGAUCAGCGGAGAGAGGAGCUGACUGAGCUCUCCCAGAUGGAGGGUCUGCUGGAGCUGGUGCAGGUUGAGCAGAAUAUAUACAACAUUAUUUUCCAUGAACUGAUCAGGCAGGUCAGCGUGGGCUGUGCUGAGAGAGGACAGCUGCUUGCCAAACUCAGACAGCGUUACCAGUCCCUGCUCGAGCGAAUCCCCCGCUGCCUGAAGGCUCUGCACACUGAGGCAGUGGCACAGCGGGCUCUGGACCGCCGGCUCACUGAGGAGAUCCACUGCAUCAAGAGUUCCAUCCAGCAGCUCAACACGGAACUUGUCAGAGUCAGAGACCAUGAUGUCUUUGUGUCCCAGCAGGCAGAGCGUGCUCACCAGCAGCUGGCUGGGGCGCUCGAGCAGAGUAACACCAAUUCAGAUGUGGUCCAGGGUUACCACGAGCUGUAUGAGCUGCAGAGGGGACGCCUCGAGGCUCAGCUGCUGCAGAUGACUGAGGAGAAAGACUGCUGGAGUCAACUUACCCUCUGCCUCGCCCUCAAGGUGAUCAGUGUGAAGAAGCUGCAGCAGAUCAGUCGGCUGCAUAUCAUCGAGCAGAGCUGGUUCAAGACGGCCGAACACUGCAGCCUUUACCUCGCUAUGAAGGACACGGAGGAGCUGAAUGUCAUCAUGGAGCUUUCUACCUACUGGAAAGAGCAGCUGACUGCUUUCAUGUCCCAGCUGAAGAAGACUGAGGAUGCUCAGUCUGAACAGAUGUGUGCCAUCCAGCAAGGCAUCGCCAAGUGGCUCGCCUUCUGCACAACACAGAACAAGUGUCCUGACCCAAAAUAUGAGAAAGCAUCUCUGGAAAAGAUUCAUGCUGAUUUGAAGCAGUGGUCAAAUACAUUGGCCCUCCAGUGUGAACGCUACCAAGGUGACAAGCUGCUUUCCUGCCAGCAGACACUGGGUGAGCUUGGCCAUGUGCAGGAAAGAUGUCUAAAUAUGAGCCUUGAGCUGUUCAGAAGACACCCCUCUUCUGAUGGUGAACCCCCCGCAGGCCAGCGGGCCCUACAAGAGCUGGAGAGCGUCCUAUCUGAGCUCCUCAAACAGCUGGAUGAACAAGUCAGUGGAGAGAAAGGGAUCCACAGACAGAUCACGUCACUGCGUGGGUUGAUAGAGUCCUGGGGUUCCAAGCUUGGUGCAGUGAUUGGUCAUCAAGAAAUGAUGUCUGUCUCUGACGGGCUGAAGCUGGAGAAGGAACUGCAAAACUGGCAGAGUUUGGCGGAAAAAGCCUCUCAGAACGUCUUCAGCAUGCAGACAGAGAAUGAAAAGGACAAAAACAAACCUGACAUAUAUAGAGAAGCAGAAAAUGUGUUAGAUAAAGUGCAAGAGUUCAUAAGCAGCCUGACGAACUUCACUGAUGGUGAGAACCAGAGACUCAGUGAGCAGGCCAGUUCUAUUCACAUGGCUCAGACCCGCUGGAUGUUGGAUCUGUUGCUCCUCAUGGUACCUGACCAUGGUGAGAACAACGACCAAGUACAGGAACACUACUACAUUACAAAUGUCUCCGUACAGACACUGGAUGAGGAUGCCAAGAUGCUGGCAGAGAAACUGGACUUUUUUUCUAUAUACAUCAGCAGAUCUUGCAAGCUGAUUCUGGAGGAGCAGAUUCUGCACAACUCACGUGAAGUUGAGGUUGAAAAUGAGAUGAAUGAGUGCAAAAAGCUGCAGACGGAGUGCAGUGACUGGGUGGAGACCUGUUUAAUCCUGCUCUCUGGAGUGACAGGUGGUCCUGUGGGGCUGCCUGUCCGACAGGCUAACCCCGCUUCCAGCAGUGAUGUCACAGUCUCUCCAGCAGACAGCAUGGAGCCUUUGGUGAACGUGGAAGUUUCAGCUGAUCCUACAGCAAACAGUGAGGUCAAAGAUGAGACUGAGGCAGAACUAAGAGAGUGUACUGCUGAAGGACAUGAAACACAACAAGAGGCUUCUCAGGGGGAGCUAAUGGUUUGUGAGACUCCAGUGCUGAAGCUGAUUGGCUAUGAUGGAAACAUUACACAAAGAAAGCUGGGAGAGAGCAGUGUCUACCUGAACGGGACUGAUUUGGUUAUAUCUCCAGCAACAGAUGAGGCCCAGAAAGCUUUUAGUGAUCUCACCACAGUAGGAUUGCUGCAGCAGGAACUGCAUGACUCAGAGCUGCGGGUCCAGAGUGUGGAGCAGCGAGCCCUGAAGGCUGAGGAAGCUCUGCAGGCAGCGCUGGAGAAGAUUCAGAACCUGGAGAGACAACUGCAGGGUCAACCCAGUCUGGAGGUCAAAUGUAGUGAAGAGAAAAAGAAAACACCUCCACUUUCUCCACCAGCAGUGACAACUCCAGCUGCCCCAAAGAAAACCACAGCUGAAACCAAAACAAGUGGCACCAAAAGGACCAAGAAACGGUGAUUUGACGUGAUCAGGAGGUGUUAUAACUUUAUGUUUAUAAACUAUAUUUGAAAUCACUUUUAGGGUUUUGUAUUUCAUGCAUUUUCAUAGUCGUAGCAAGAUUCAUCAUCUGCACUCCAUCACAGUUUAAAAGUAGUAAAGGAAAACCACCCAAAGAUAUUAAGACUUCUGGCACGCAUUACCAACGCUGGCUUGUUGUGGUUUUGUUUAACCUUGUAAUGUGUUUUUGACUCGCAAGUUAAGGAAGAUUAGUUUUUGUUGCCUUUAAAAAAUAAAG